CGUUGAGAUGACGGCACUUCCGCCCAAAAGUUGGAGAAGGAAAUGGUUGAGAUUACAACAAUUCCGCCCAAAAGUUAGCAUUAAGCUAACGCCACUUCUAUUGAUUUAUUGCGAAUUAUGUUACUAAUCACCGAUUAUUUAUGUAGUUACACAACAUAUUCUUACCUCCUGACUGAGUUAACACACUAAAGCGACGAAGGUGAUGCACUAUAAACUGAUUAUUGAUCACCAAUCGGCUCGACGUUAGCUCACCUCGGCUAAAAACAGCUAGCAAUUAGCUUGUUGGUGAUUAGCCCCCCAUGUGCGCGAGAGGCAGCGAUGAUGAGCGCGCGGAGCCCGCUGGUGCAGCAGAGGCAGCUGCAGAGGUUGAUAAUACUGCAGUAUUUUUCCUUGGUACUGCUGGUGUACCCGGCCGCAUACCGUCUCGCUGAGGCCUGUGCUGCCCCGGCGGAGGAGGGGGGCACCAGCAGCGCCGCCGCCCUCAUCCUGUGCAGGACGUGCGGACACGAGCUGGCGGCCGGGGCGGACAUCCAGUCGGUGCCCAGCCGGCUGGCGCUCUCCAGCCGCAACGACACGUCGCUCGGGGGCCGAAGGGUUAACGUGCAGCUGUUUGAAAACCCGCACGGACACCAGUUUGAGGUGAUAACCUUCAGAAAGGCGGACGUCACUCAGCACUGGCCGGCAGAUAAACACUUCUCCUGGUUCCCCGGGUUCUCGUGGACGGUGGUCACCUGUCCCCGGUGUAAUACUCAUUUAGGUUGGGCCUUUCAGCCCAGCGACUGGCCGGACACCAUCACAAAAGCCAAAUUUGAGGAGUCGGAGCUCACCUUCCUGGCUCUAAUCACACAUCGGCUACUCCGAGAAGACUUCGCUUCGAGCCUCUUAAUGACUCCAAAAUCCUUCAUGAGCUGAUGGGACCGAAUGACUGUCCAGUUAACCCAGGUGCCUUUGCUGCUACCUAAAUCUAUUUUUUAAAUAAAUUUCUAUGCACCCACAUGUAAACACAGUAAGUUUUAUUAUUAUAACAAAGCAAGUUUUACACCUCAAAUUUAAAACAGUUUCUUUUCCCCCCAGCGGAAAAGGAAAGGUGAUUAAAUGUGACUUCUAUGAGAUAACAUGUCUUUUUCUUUUUUUAUUUAACCCAUGAAGCAGUGGGGGCCAAAAUUUACAAGCUUGUUUUUUUUUCCAUUUUGUUCUUUAUUAAAAAUGUCAUUUCAAAUCUCAUGGAUAUCUGUAAAACAAUACAAUGAAAAAAAAAAGUCCCAUAGAAAUGGUGUCAAAAUAACCACUCUCCCCAAUAACCAACAUACUCCUGCCCCUCCCCAGCUUACCCCACCCCCCCCCCCCUAAACAUUACAAGUCAAAGGAAUGAGCUGGUACUCGUUAACCACAUAGGGGAAAAAAUAACAAUUUUCAAGAGAUCAACACCCCAACUGAAAAAAAAUAUAUAUGGGGGAAAAACUUGAGAGGUCAACUAGCGCUGGGUCACUACACCAUGGCUUUAAGUCAAUUUACCACACAACCUUUAACAGGAGGAACUCUGU